AAAACAAACAUAGAAUAAUUGGAUCCACGGAUUAAUAAUCUCAAUCUCAUGCUCUAAUCCACCCAAUCAAACAUGCCCAAAGGUAAUUGUUCCUUUUUAAUGUUUGUUUUUUUUUGUCUCUUGAGUAAAAUUCAUGAACUCAUCUGUUUAUCUUACAUUUCUUUGUAGCCUUUGGUUUCUAUUUCAUUGACUUUUCUUAAUCCAAAUUUGUAGAACCUACAAGUAUUGUUUAUCCAUUUUCGUCAUAUAUAUAUAUAUAUAUAUAUCUUAUACAUCCAUGGUGCCCUUACAUACUGUAUACAGGUUCUUAAUCCAUAUAGUAGAGUUCUCUUCCAAAACUACUGUUGCAGAAGUCCAAAAAGCCUCCUCAUCGAUGCUUCGGUUUUCUUAUCACGUUUUCUUGAGCUUCAGGGGUGAAGAUACCCGCAGGACAUUCACUGACCACCUUUACACAGCUUUGGUGCAUGCAGGGAUUCACACGUUUAGAGAUGAUGACGAACUUGAGAGAGGGGAGGAUAUUGAAUCAAACCUAAAGAAGGCAAUCCAACAGUCAAGAAUUUCAAUAAUCGUCUUGUCAAAAGACUAUGCAUCUUCUAAGUGGUGCCUUAAUGAACUUGUGAAGAUACUUGAACGCAAGAGAACUGUCAAUCAUAUAAUACUUCCUAUAUUCUACCACGUGGAUCCAUCCCAUGUCAAGAACCAAACUGGGAGCUUUGCAGAAGCAUUUGAAAAACACAACAAGAGAUUUGAGGCCGAGACUGAUUAUAGAAAACAAGAGAGGCUUGCAAAGGUAGAGACAUGGAGGGAAACUCUGAGAGAAGUUGCGGAUUUGUCAGGGAUGAUCUUAGAAGAUGGGCAUGAGUCAAGAUUUAUUCAGAAAAUUGUGAAGGAGAUUGCGAAUAAAUUGAAUCGCACAGUCUUGAGUGUAGGCCCCUACCAAAUUGGAAUUAAUUCUCGUAUAAAAGAAAUUAAUUCCUGGUUACAAGAUGGCUCAACUGAUGUUGGCAUUGUGACGAUAUGUGGUAUGGGUGGGAUAGGGAAGACAACCAUUGCCAAAACAGUUUAUAAUCUUAACUUCGACAAAUUUGAAGGUAGCAGUUUUCUUGCAAAUAUUAAGGAAAUAUCAGAACAACACGAUGGCUUGGUUUGUUUGCAAAGAAAGCUCCUUCAGGAUAUUUUGAAAGGGAAACAGAAAAAAAUUCAGAGUGUUGAUGAAGGUAUUAGUAAGAUCAAAGAUGCUAUAUGCUGUAAAAGAGUUUUUCUUGUGCUUGAUGAUGUGGAUGAAGUGGAGCAAUUAAAUGCGGUACUCAUGAUGCAAGAUUGGUUUUCUCCGGGAAGUAAAAUUAUCAUCACAACUAGACGUGAGCGGUUGCUAAUGGCACAAAAACUGUGUAAGGUACAUAAGGUUAAGGAGCUAAAUGAUGAUGAAUCACUUGAGCUCUUCAGUUUGCAUGCCUUUCGACAAGACCAUCCAAUUGAAGGUUACGUGGAGCACUCAAAAAGAGUAGUGCACUACUGCAGAGGGCUGCCUUUAGCUCUUCAAGUUUUGGGCUCUUCUCUAUACGACAGAAAUAUAGAUGUGUGGGAAAGUGCAUCAAAGAAAUUGGAAGCAAUUCCUGAUAGCCAGAUCCUUAAAAAACUUAAAAUAAGUUAUGACUCUUUAGAUGACCACGACGGAAAUCUAUUCCUAGAUGUUGCUUGUUUCUUUGUUAGAAAAGACAGAGACUUCAUUAUUUCAAUACUAGAUGGAUGUGAUUUCCACACAAGAGUAGGGAUUGACAAUCUCGUUGAUAGAUGCCUCUUAACAAUUGAUGAAAAUAGCAAGGUAAUGAUGCAUCAGUUGCUUCAAGCCAUGGCACGAGAAGUAAUACGACAAGAGUCACCUGAGGAACCUGAGAAAAGAAGCAGAUUGUGGGAAUAUAAGGAUGCCUUUAAUGUAUUAAUAGAGAAAACUGGGACGAAAACAAUUGAAGGCCUCAGUCUAAACAUUCAUGCAUCGAACAAAGAUAAAUCAUCCAGGAGGGUAGGUAAUGCAAAAAGAUGCAAUUCUGGAGAUUUGCAUGACAUAUCAACAAUGUUUUAUGAAGGCCAUCCAUCAAAGCAACGUCGUCUGAGCUUCUUCUCUUCCUUCCCUAUAUAUUCUGCCUUAAGAGAAUCAUUUGCCACAUCAAAAGAAGCAGACAUACAAACUGAUGCAUUUUCAAGAAUGUGCGAACUGAGACUGCUUCAACUCUAUAAUGUACGGGUCACUGGACAUUAUGAGAAAUUUCCCAAGAAGUUGAGAUGGUUGUAUUGGCGUGGUUUCCCUUCAAAAUAUAUACCCAAUGAGUUUCCUUUGGAGAGCUUGGUUGCACUUAACAUGCGUUACAGCAGACUGGAACAGGUUUGGAGGGGAACAAAGUUGCUCAGAUUACUGAAAAUCCUCAAUCUCAGUCAUUCCCACCGCCUGAUCAAUACCCCAGACUUUUCAGAGAUCCCUAACCUGGAGAGGAUAAUUCUUAAAGAUUGCAUAAAUCUGAUUGAGGUUCAUGAAUCCAUUGGAGAAUUAAGUAGGCUCGUCUUGUUGAAUCUGAAAUACUGCAGAAGACUUGGGAAGCUUCCACAACAAAUUUGUCACCUGAAAUCCCUUAAAGAACUCAUUCUCUAUGGUUGCUCGGAGCUCAAUCAGUUGCCUACAGAGCUAGGCAACUUGGAAUCUUUGACGGUGUUCAAUGCAGAUAAAACUGCUAUAUGUCAAUCACAGUCGACCCCCGAUGAGAAGAAUUUUUGGUGCUCAUUCUUCUUUUCAUGGGUUUUGAAACCAAGAAAGUGUCCAAAUCCCAUCAGCUUUUCAUUGGCUUCCUUGUCACACUCCUUAGUAACCUUAAGUCUUGCACAUUGCAAUCUUUCUGAUGAUGCUAUGCCAAGGGAUAUGGGUGUGCUGUCCUUGUUGCGGAACUUGAAUUUGAGUGGGAAUCCGAUUUGUGGCAUACCAGAUAGCAUCAAAUGCCUUACUCAGCUCCAGUCACUUGCUUUAGAUAGUUGCACAAGACUCCAAUCCCUUCCAGAGCUUCCAAUGAGUGUAAAUAACUUGGAUUUAUACAAGUGCGGCUCGUUGGAAAUUGUAAUAAACCUACCAAACUUGUUGAAAUCACUAGACGUGGUCGUAAAUUCUUGUGACAACCUUAUUGAAGUUCAGGGAUUAUUCAAGCUAGUACCCAUUGUAAACAUUGAUAUCCAAAUGAUGAACAAAUUGGGCUUGUGCAACUUGGAAGUCAUAGGAAAAAUCGAGGUGGAACUGUUCAAUAACAUGACAAUUUCAAAACGGAAGCUUCCCCUCCAGGGACUCUAUGAAUUUAAUAUAUUCAGCACUUUUCUUCUGGGAAGUGAGGUUCCUAGGUGGUUCGACAUUAAGAGUACAGGUUCCUCAAUAAAUUUUAAUGUGCCCUCACUUCCUGAACUCAAGAUCCAGGGCUUGAAUAUUUGCAUUGUAUAUGCACAUGCCAAUCAACGUUCUGAUGAUCCAAGAACCAAGCGUUGGAAUGAGUUUUAUAUUAAAACCAGUAACAAGACAAAGGAUUUGAAGUGGACCUAUAGCCCAACAUUCAUAGGCCUUCCAGAAGACAACGAAGAGAUGAUAUGGUUAAGCCACUGGAACAUGGGGAAUCAGUUGGAAAGUGGUGAUGAAGUGAAUGUUGCAGUGUUCCUUUGGGCAGAAAAGCAGCUAAAAGAGUUUGGCAUUCAUGCUGUGUAUGAUCAAGAAGAGAAGCGUACCCAACACCAACAGGACACCAAUCCGCCUUGUCAAAAUGUCAUUGAUCGAGAUUUGUCAGAAUAUCAGGUGAGGCCAGGCAAAUACUUCCUCUGCCAUCACGAUUUUGAUACCUAUCAAGAGUGCUCAAAGGAGGAUGACCGGACAGCCAACGGCUGGUAUGACUUCUUAUUUGGGGACUCUUCACAGACUAGUUCAUAAAUUUUUUUAGCAUACCCAAAAUAAGAAAUGACCAGGGUUCGAAAGAUCAGAGAAACAAAAAAAACUCAAGGCACUGGCUUGCAGGCAACUUUGUUCUCCAUGAAUCUGUUGUAUUUUCAGAUAAAGGAUUCAUUUUUGUUUGAUAUGUCCUGCAAUCAGUGUGAGUCUUCAUUUAUUGUUUAUUUAUUGUGUUGGUUGAAUUUGAGUCUCAUAUUGGUUUUGUCACAAUAGUAACACUUUCUUAUAUGUAUUUUGAGCCAUUAUGAUUACAUGUAAUUCAGUUUCUUUCAUCGAAAGAAAAUUGAUGUGUGUAUUGCUCUUGCAUCAAAGAAAAAUUGAUCAA